AUGCGGCUAUCGGACCUGCAGGAGGGCUUGCUGUCGGCGCUGGAGGAUGGCGGCAGCUGCACGAAGUUUUCAGAGCUUUGGUCCAGACACGUAAGGGGCUGGGAACUGCGCGCGGGUGCCGGGCCCGCGAGCGCAAGUCCUGAGACGCGCCUGCACGCCGAAAAACGGAUAUCCAGAAAAGACGAAGUCAAUUUGGACGAGGUCGUCGCAACGCUGCCCAUUUCGCUUCACGGACGCCUGUUUCAAGGCCUAAAGACGCAAGCUCGGCUGGCAAUUCGAAGCUCUUGCCACAGUGAAAUCCCAAUUUGGGCCACUACAGAAGGGGAUGAAGAACCAACACCUGCUGAAUACAAAGAUGUGGCAUUACGUGCCCUACGAGGUGUUGCCCUUCUUUCAUCACACCUCAUCGAGAAGGUCUUGCAGCAACCAUCCAAAGACCUUGCUGAGACAGUCACUGAAAUGCACGACUCGCUGCUGCUCUUCUGUGAGAAUCCAAGUGUCACAGAGGCUAUUUCCAAGCUUUGCUGCAAAUGGUGGCUGAUGGAGCUGCCAUGCCGGGAGUCGAUGAUUCCACAAACGUGGCCAUGUAUUCUGGGCAAAGCAUUGGCCAGUGGCGCACUUGUGGAUGUGAAACGUUGUGCCAGCAUGCGGGCUUCACUGUUGCUGUUUGACUUCGAUGACCCGUCAAUCGAUGAUCUCAAAAAGAUGCUCUUGUUUGCUGCAUUUCAUCCGGGUUUUGUCCAACGAGUUGAAGGGAGGCGCUUCCUGGCUAGCUUAUUUGAUCUGCACCCACAGCUCGUCAGGGAUCUCACAUCAAUUAUACGCAACCAGAUUCCAGCUGGUCGGAAAAAUGUCUUGAAAGCCUAUGGGGACCUCAUUUUUCGUGGUUGGAAAGGAGCCACUGGUGCAUGCUUGAUGGAAAUUGAGGAAACAUGCAUUCAGGGUCUCAUGCAGGCUGCAAUUUCUGCCUCUACAAAGGAGAUGGCAUCGCACUUGCGGCACGUGCUGAAUGCCUUGCAUUCUCACAAAAAGAUGCACAUGGCUGUUGAUGAGAUGCUGCUACGACUGUAUGAGCCAAUCCUCUUCCGGGCAUUGUCAGUUGCAAAUCCAGCGAUCCGAAGAAAUGCAUUGCUCCUUCUCUUUGAUGCUUUUCCUUUACAGAAUCCCCAUGCCUCUCAUGAGGAUACCGACGAUCUUCUUGCCAAACAGUUCAGCUACUUCAGCAGUGCCCUGGGGGACAGUGCACCAGCUGUGCGUAUUGCAGCAGUUGAGGGCAUUUGCAAAGUGCUGGACUCGUUCUGGGAGCUCAUACCACCCAGUGUGUCAAUGGGAUACCUGAAGGGCAUCAUUGGUCGACUUGCGUUUGAUGGUGCUUCUGUGGGAGUUCGUUCAGCUGUCCUACGCAACCUCAAGAAACUGAUUGAGAACCCCCUUUCCCGGCCACUCCUGAAAGGCCUUCUUCCACAGCUUGCACCAUUGAUGCACGAUCCUUCAAAGGACGUGAGGGUGGCAUUUGUUGACAUGCUGCUGAGCAUAAUGUCGAUUUCGGAGGUUCACUUCAGUGACAUUGUUUCAGUCGAUGUCCUCAUAGACAUGAUGGCCAAGGAUAUACAGACGGUGUCCAAACGCAUUCAUAGCCUUCUUCUCCCAAGCUUGUUUCCAGACUUGCAGCAGGGCCCGGGCAUCGUUGCGAUGCUGCUGAGACGGUCACCAUCAGCGGGCCUCCGCUUUUGCAAAGCGUUGGCACCUGUCUCUCGAAAAUGUGAACAGCGAUUGACAGCCAUGGAGAACAAAAACCAGCUGCAGAGCCUUCCACCAGAUGAGCUGCUAGACCUCACUGAAUCCUUCAGGGACCACCUCCUAGCAUCAACACCCUGUGUCAUGUCAGAAGCCACAGAAAAUAGAAGCAGUCAUGGACGAAAGAGAGGAACAGGGCAAACCAAGAGGAAGGCACAUGCGACACAAGCCGAGUCUUCAGAGAGUGUUGAGGCCUGGGAGGCGCUGAUCUGCGGACUGGCUGUCUUGUGUGAUGGUGUUGCAGCUAUGCGAGAAAAUGGACUAUGUGAAGAAGAAGAGGCUAUGCUGCUGUGGCCUUGUGGAACGCUUCUGGAGUUGAUGGAGAAAGCACCAACGGCCAAGGCCAGGUGUGCUGUCAUGUCCAUUGCCAGUACCCUGCCCAUGGCUCCAGGAUGUGAAGAAAUGUGCUUCCAUUGCUUUGAGAUGGUGACUGGGGGCAGCGAUCCUGCACACACCUCGCUUGAAGGAGAGGAACUGUGUGCUGCCCUUGAGUGUGUGUGUGCUGGGCCUCGGAAUGCUGACAUCAUGGGAAUGUUGCUGACUUCACUGAGCACUGAAAGCUGUGCUGACAUGCCAGCCAGCAGUGCAAUGACGUGUGCCCAAGCCACUCGGUGCAUCAAUAGCAUGGCAAGAAAUGCGCCAAUGCGGUGCCAGGUCAUGGAUGGAGACUUCGUUCAAGAGGUUCUUCCGCUGCUGCAAUCUCAGGCAGUGUCAUCCAUCAGGAAUGCAAGGACCCAGCUCACUGAAACGUCAAAUAUUUCUGCUUCAACUCACAAAUCUGCAUUCGAUGCCGUUGGGGCUUUCUGCAGAGUGGCUAUGCAUGCCUCCACCAAGUGGAUUGUGUCAGAGAACAACCAGCAGCUGAACACAGGGGGAUGCUCAACAGCGGAGAAGGCACUUCCCAAUGCAAACUCCGCUGGAGGUAUCCAAGCAGUGCAUAGCACAGUGGGUCUCAUGGCGCAGGAGCUCGCUCUUCUGUUGGAGUCAGCCACCACUUGGUGCCAAGGUGCUUGCAGUGAAGGAGAAGAGGAAUCGACCUCACACCAGUCGAAGAGGGUCAAGAACCAGGAGGAGCCUCUGGGAAGGGCAGUCACAGUCCCAGUCAUUCUGGCACUCAAGCAUGCCACUCAGCUGCUGGCAUUCGUUGGAGAUGCAGCACUCUUGGGAAUGAUCAGCACAGGGAGUAGUGAUGGACAACAAACUCUGGCAAAGAUCUGUGAUGUUUGUGUCUUGGCAUUGACGGCAAUGUGCGAAGCAGGACAAUCGAGGAUUUUCAGAAACGCAACUGUUACCAAAGCCCUCUUGUUGCACAUUUGCCGAUUCCUGAAGACCAUACUGCAGCUUCUGGCCUCGGAUUCGGCCGAUGGUGAACACUUUCUACCUCUGCAUGGGCAAGCUGAGAAUGUUGCCCUGUGCCUAAUGACUUCACUUCUGUCAGAGAACGCACCUGCGGAACUUGCCAUAAAGGAUCUCCAUCCACACCUAAUGCAAGCAUUGGGAGAGUUAUUGCCACUUCAAACACAGUAUGGCAUUGCAUGGCUGUUGCCCUUGGUGGAUGCUGUGGGAAACGGCGUGGUACAGUGGGAUGAAUCCUGUGGUGCCAACGGUGAUCAUGGGCCCCACAGUGAGCAUGCCGCUGACACAGAAAGCAGCCCCAGGGGCUCUGCAGCCGAUUGCGUUGCACAAGGGGAACCACAGAAGGCGGGUACUAGUGGCAGAUUUGAGGGAGGGGCGGAUAGAGAUGCAGUCCAGCAGCAAACAACUCAAAAUGGGGCAAGGCAUCCUGAGUCAACUGUGCAGCUGCCGCUCAUUGCCUCUGCCAUCGUGAACAUUGCCGUCAAAGCAAAG